AACAUAGAUGGGCCCGGCCCAAACCUGACCCGGCAACCCAAUCUUUUAAAUCGAGUUCCGAAGCCAUAUUCUCAGUCUCUAGGGUUUUUGAUCGUUGUUGUUCUAAAGCACUCAUCCACACAUUCUCCGUCGCCACGACAACAAUGGCUCCAAAGAAAGGUGCGAAAGGUGGAGUUGUAGCAGCAAAGAAGAAGGUUCAGGAGAAGGUAACGAACCCUUUGUUCGAGAAGCGUCCGAAGCAGUUCGGGAUCGGAGGCGCGCUGCCGCCGAAGCGGGACCUGACGCGCUUCGUGAAGUGGCCGAAGAACGUCCAAAUCCAACGCAAGAAGCGCAUCCUCAAGCAGAGGCUCAAGGUCCCUCCGGCUCUCAACCAGUUCACCAAAACCCUCGACAAAAAUCUCGCAACAAAUCUUUUUAAAAUGCUGCUGAAGUACAGGCCGGAGGACAAGGCGGAGAAGAAGGAGAGGCUGUUGAAGAGGGCUCAGGCUGAGGCUGAUGGGAAACCUGUUGAGGCCAAGAAGCCUAUUGUUGUCAAAUAUGGUCUCAACCACGUUACCUACCUUAUUGAGCAGAACAAGGCACAACUGGUUGUGAUUGCUCAUGACGUGGACCCAAUUGAGCUGGUAGUCUGGCUUCCAGCAUUGUGCAGGAAGAUGGAAAUUCCAUACUGCAUUGUCAAGGGCAAAGCACGCUUGGGAACAAUUGUCCACAAGAAAACUGCUUCAGUUUUGUGCUUGACAACUGUCAAGAAUGAAGACAAGAUGGAGUUCAGUAGAAUCCUAGAAGCUAUUAAGGCCAACUUCAAUGACAAGUACGAUGAAUACAGAAAGAAGUGGGGUGGUGGAAUCAUGGGUUCGAAGUCCCAAGCCAAGACCAGGGCCAAGGAGAAGCUCCUUGCCAAGGAAGCAGCCCAAAGAAUGAACUAGAUUAAGUUGCUUUUACAUUAUUAAGGUUGUCAUUUUUCUAUAUCUUAUAUGGGAGCAUAUACAAGUUAAAAUGUGAGGUUUUACUUCAUUUUGGUAGCUGGUAAUCCACAAGGACCGAUUUUGAUCGUUGAUUUUUCGAAGUUAUUUUAAACUUAGCAUUGGAAUGUUUUCCUUUUUCGGUUCAGGAGUUCCUAUAAUCAGUAUUGAGAUUUUGCAGCAAUUCAGUAGUGUGGUGUUGCUUAUUGA